GUCGAGGCACAGCCGCGCCACAUUACGUCCUCCAUGAGAUCGUAGCUGGCAGUUCCUUACCAGCGGCGUGCCAUGGCGGUAGACUCAUCUGUCGUGUGGCUUCGGCCAGCCACUGAAAUAGAAAAAUGCAACUAUAGAGACUUUAAUGUGACGGUUAUUGAGAUGACCCUACGGUCCAGCGUACCUCUCAGCGAUAGUCAGAUCAGGGAGGCUCUUCAUCACGUCUUCAGGAAAGUGCCUUCGCUGAGAACGUGCUUUCGGAAGCAUGGCUGCACCUUGUGGGCGUGUGACAUGAACCGCGACUACCUCGACUUCCAGGUGACCGAGACGGAGGACCUGGUCCCGGCUAUGGAGGCAUUGUUGCAGCACCGCUUUCCCACCACCGAGGGUCCCUUGUGGUGUGCACGCCUUCUUCCUGCCGGAGUCCCUGCCCGUUGCUCUCGGCCAUAUCUAGCUGCAGCCUUUCCUUAUUGCCGCACGCUGUUGCUGGCCAACCAUCACGCCAUCGCUGAUGGCGUCACAAACGUUUUUGUGACUGACAAAUUUCUUCGGGUGUUGGACGACGUGGUCGCCGGUAAAUCCAUCACUGACUCAGCUCAGCUCGGUAAGCUGGUCGCCGGAGAAGAGACCAAAGUUGUACUGACGAAAGUAAUGCAUGAGUUGAAAAAUUAUAACGGUUUCCAACAACUACAAGAAGACAUAGAGAGGUCAAGUCAAAAAAAAAAAGAAAAACUUAUUCCACUUGCAUAUCCAAAGGCGAUAGAGUCUCACUUCGAGUCCCAAAUUGUUCUGCGUGAUUUGGACAUAACAACGACCCAGAACUUUAUUAGUAAAUGCAAGGAGGAGAACGUCACGGUGAACAGUGGACUGACGGCGGUGCUUAACGUGAGUCUCGUCGACUUUUUGAGGCAAGAAGGCCUGGAGCAGGAGUUUUACCACAUCCAUGAGGUGCACGCAGUUAACCUGAGGCGCUACUGGUCAGGCGACACCAUGGGAACCUUGGGUGUUCAUGUAAUGGAUAUUGACAACGUUGUGUCGACGCCAGCCAACUGGAGAGGGAACUUUUGGGCCUACGCCAGAAAUAUUAAUAAAAACAUUGGUCAAGGUCUUCAAGUAAAAGAAGUAAUGAAGCAUCUAGUGUUCAAGGUUGGAAGCAGUGCAGCAGAUCAUUCUUCUGAGCAGUCGCUACUAAAGAGUGAUCACGGGGUAUCCAACCUGGGCAAUAUUGACCAUCUCAUCCCGACGGAGGGACAAUACGUUCGGAUCACACACAUAAUAGGGACUUCAGCACUCUGGGUUGAUCACAUGCUCCACAUGUUUAACACAUUACGUGGCUGCCUCAUGUAUAGCCUAACCUACGCAAGUAACGUUUUCUCCCGGGAAAACGCACAUAAAUUGGUGGAUAUAACGUUUGACAACCUGAUGACCGUGAUGGCUAUCAGCUCAUCAAAAAUGUGAACAAAGAUGUUUUAUAACAUGAGACGCGUUUGUUCAUCAUCAGAAAAUGCGGCGUCCAUUACCACGUUUUUCAUGUGCAAAAGGAAAUAUUUUUGUGAAUUUAUUGAAUUUUAGUGAAUUUAGAGAAAUCAUCCCCUCUUUUCUCGAUCUCACCCUACAUCUUAAAGGAAGCGAAAUCCGAAUUAGUUAAAACUAAGUAUCUGAUUUCUUGUUCAGUAAAUCCCUACAGUCUGGUACAAUGCCUCAUGAAUGGAAGCUCGAUAACGUAACUAUAAAAGUUAGUAUAUCUUUACCAAACAAUUACCGGCCAACUAGCUUAACCUCGGUCGAGUGCAUAAUUCAAGAGAAACUUACAUAAGAGACAAAAUUAUUAAUCACUUAGAGGAAAACAAACUACUUAAAGAUACUCAACACGGCAUCCGAAACAAACGCUCCUGUUCGACGAACCUCUUAGGCUGAUAUGAUGUUCUGAACCAGUAAAACGAAAAUAUACCAGUUGAUAUAUCUUGAUUUUCAAAAGGUCUUCGACAAAGUCCCACACAAAUGUUUACUGAUUAAGCUGAAAUCACUUGGUAUCCAAGUCGACAGGUUGAGGUGGGUAAAAAAAAAAAAAAAUGGCUAAACACCCAUAAACAAAAGUAGUAAUAAAUGAAAACACAUCCAAGUGGAGACACUUAACCAGCGUGGUGCCACAGGGAUGAGUUUUAAUAUCUGUUCUCUUUCUUGUUUAUAUGAAUGACAUAGAUGAGGGUGUUGCCACUAUAAUAUCGAAAUUUGCUGAUGACACCAAAAUAGCGAAUUCUAUAGUCCCUAACAAACAGGUAUAAUAAAUGGAAAAUAACGGAGAAAAUAGUCAGAGUAGGGGCAAACAUGGCAAGUGAGUUUUAAUGCAAAUGAAAGGAAUACAUAGGAUAUUGAAACGAUAUCUUUCACAUAGGAUAUUAAAACGAGAAAGCUAAGUAUAUUUUGAACUGUACCCAAUUGAAUGUGUAGAUUGCAAAAUUUGUUUAGAAGUAACAACAUCGGGUUGCCUAAAAUAUAGCUAACAAUGUUCAGAAUUUGUAAAGAAAGCAAACAAAAUAUUUGGUUUAAUCAACAUAUCUUUUCAAGAUAAAUCUAAGGAUACAAUCCUCACUUUGUGUAGCUGUUUAGUCUGUCCCAUUUUAAAAUAUUACGUUCAAGCUUGGUGUUCCUAUUACUAGAAAGACAGUUAAAUUACAACGUUUUCAGUGUAGAGUAACAAAAAUUAUAGCCAUCCUUAGAAUCAAAUCAUACGAAGAGCGUCUUAAAGAUUUAGAUCUAUUCGCAUUAACACAAAGAAGAUAAGGAGAUGAUUUAGUACAGAUGUUUAAAAAAAAAAAAAAAAAAAUGAAAAGAUUGAUAACAUGGACUGCAAUAAAUAUUUCACGACAGAGUUUUCAGAUUACAUGCAAUGAAAUGGUAGCAAAAUUGUUGGGAAAUCCUUGAACUCUAAAUUUUUUUUUCUACGAUGUGGUUAAUUUAUAUUAGGCUUCCUCGAAACGUGAUAGAAUGCAACACAGCAGAGACUUUUAAAAGCCAUAUUAAUAAAUAUUUUCCUUCCAGUUAACGAAUAAUAGCAUUUCUUUCUUAGAGAUUAACAUGCUUGCUUCUAGAAAAAUGGGACACCUCAUUUCAUCUAUUUUCUUUCUUUCCAAUAAGAUUUCCUUCGGGUUUUAUCUUCUCUAACACCGAAGGGUAUUUAUUUCCGACCUAUUUUCCUGUACGGUUUAUGGCAGAGGGAGCAGAGAGUUGGGAGAGAGCCUUCUGCUUUGCAGUUAUUUUUGUUCUACUAUCACCUUACUAGUCCUAGGUCAGGUCGCCUCGUGAAGACCGCAAGGUCCGUUGUUGCCUGUGCUUGUAUGUAACUCUAUAUAACUCUAUUACUCUGUUAUAAGUGUUUGUAAACAUGGUAAAGCAAACUGAUGAAACAGUGUUUGGUGAACAACUUGAUUUUGCAAAAUUAUUGUAGGUCAUCAUAAAGCCUUCAUUAAGCAAUUGGAGAAUUGAGUGUAAUAGCUGAGGACUAAACUCACUAAUUGAAAGUGAUUGAGCUCAUGGCCUCGGGGUGAGAGAGAAAUUUAAGGUGUUCCUGUCAGACAUGCGUGUACCUUUUUUGGAGGGAGGCAAUCAUGAUGGAAGAAAGUGUGAUAAAUUUUUGUUGGAGAUUAGCUUGAUCGGGAGGUACAUGAAUGUGACGAUGAGUUUUGAUUUGAGACUUCUGUAUACUUAAUAAAGCAUCGCUUCGCUCAUCUAGCGAGAAAUGAGCAGUAGAUCUGAGAGACAGGAGGUAUUAACCGAUACUCAUUCUAGGUGACAUACAAAUUUAAUGUGGAUUAGAUCAAAUCUUAUAUAUUAUGCGUGCGAUAUUUAUUAUGUGAACAUAUAGUGCUGAAAGUCGUCGCAGCUCUCCAUUUACAUAACGUUGCUUGUUGGAGAAUCACAAAAAGAAAAGCUCAUCUAGAAAGAGAAAGAGGAUUACUUGAGGCAAUCAGUCAUAAUUAUCGGCCUCUUUGCUUUGAACACAAUGGUUGAUUAACACAAAUCUAUAGGUGUGAAAAAAGAUAAAUUCUUUUCUCUUCACUGUUUACGACACAAUGAUGUUCUUUCUUUCUAUAAUUACCCAGAGAUAAUUUAACGGAGUAGAAAUAAAAUAAAAGUUAGUACUACUUCA